AUGGAUGACAAGAUGGUGACUGAAUUUCCCACCAAAAAAGUUCACCAAGUGUUGCAGAACAAAGAGGCAUACAAUAUUAUGCAUAAGCUCUGGAUGACCAAAUCACUCAUUCAACAAAACUGGGUGAAACUUACAAGACCUGGUGGAGCACACAGCUUUAAUAAGAAACAGAGAUCAAUGGUUUACUGUAAACUCAUGGAACUGAGCCUGUACUGCGAAGCAGACAUAUAUGCCUUAAUACAUCAAUGGGGGGAAAUAUAUACCCUGAAUACAAGCAAUGAUAAAUCAUUCCCGCCACCAGAAAGCUCUUUGAAGGGAGGCUUGAAAAAGACACCAAAGAUUGCUGAUUUCCAGUCAAGAGCUCUUGUAUACCAAUCCCAAAACCAGCCAGCAAUCACACAAAAAAAGGAUCUUGGAACUGAGGAACACAAGCUAUCAUCAGUAAAAAGGGCUGUCCAGCUGCCGGUUUGGAUUCCAUCACUAAUGAAGGGAAAAUGUGCAAGAAUUGAGUUGGAAUCUGGGAGAAGCUCUUUGCUAAAUUGA